CUAUGCCAUAGACUGUAUUAAUAAGCAUGUGGUGAUCACUCACUUUCCUCAUACACGCUAACUAUACAAAUGAUUAGCAAUUGGACUCAAUUGUGAUCUUAUUUGUGACCACAUCUCAUACCAUACCAUCGCAUAUAAGCAAUGGGUCUGCGGGUGAGGCAAUUGUGCCACUUAUUGGUGAUUACAUUCAUAUCAGGCAUAGUAUUGGUGGACAAGUGUUGUGGUAAUGAUGUGAUGGGUUGCGGGGGUUUCGUGAAGUCUAUCGUUAAUAUUAAUUACAACCAAAUAUUUAUCAAACUUCUGACCGACAAAGGGAUCGUAAAAUACUCGACUGAUUGCGCCCCUAAUAACGGCUAUUACUUCAUCCCAUUGUAUGACAAAGGCUUAUAUCAGCUGAAGAUAGAGCCGCCGAAGGGAUGGACUUUUGAUCCCAUGUUUGUUGACCUCAACUUCGACGGCAAAAGUGAUCUCUGUUCCCAACAAAAUGACAUUAACUUCGCAUUCAAAGGAUUCACUGUUUCGGGAAAAGUAUUGCAUUUUCUCUUGAAUUGA